AUGUUUUCUCCUGAUCAAGAAAAUCAUCCAUCCAAAGCACCAGUAAAAUAUGGUGAACUCAUUGUCCUAGGAUAUAAUGGGUCUCUCCCAAAUGGCGAUAGAGGAAGAAGGAAAAGUAGGUUUGCUUUAUUUAAAAGACCUAAGGCAAAUGGGGUGAAGCCCAGCACUGUGCAUAUUGCUUGUACUCCUCAGGCUGCAAAGGCAAUAAGCAACAAGGACCAGCACAGCAUUUCAUAUACAUUAUCUCGGGCCCAGACGGUGGUGGUUGAAUAUACUCAUGACAGCAACACUGAUAUGUUUCAGAUUGGUCGGUCGACUGAAAGUCCCAUUGAUUUUGUAGUAACUGACACAGUUCCUGGAAGUCAAAGUAAUUCUGAUACACAGUCAGUGCAAAGCACUAUAUCAAGAUUUGCUUGUAGAAUUAUAUGUGAACGGAACCCUCCAUUUACAGCACGGAUUUAUGCCGCAGGCUUUGACUCAUCAAAAAACAUCUUUCUUGGGGAGAAGGCUGCCAAAUGGAAGACAUCAGAUGGGCAGAUGGAUGGCUUAACCACUAAUGGCGUUCUUGUUAUGCAUCCACGUAAUGGGUUCAUGGAAGACUCCAAGCCUGGAAUAUGGAGAGAAAUAUCAGUGUGUGGAAAUGUAUUUAGCCUGCGUGAAACCAGGUCAGCUCAGCAGAGAGGAAAAAUGGUGGAAAUUGAAACUAAUCAGUUACAAGAUGGCUCAUUAAUUGACCUUUGUGGUGCAACAUUGCUGUGGCGUACUGCAGAAGGCCUUUCCCACACUCCAACAGUGAAGCAUUUAGAAGCUUUAAGACAGGAAAUCAAUGCAGCACGACCUCAGUGCCCUGUAGGGUUCAACACGCUAGCAUUUCCUAGUAUGAAGAGGAAAGAUGUUGUUGAUGAGAAACAACCUUGGGUCUAUCUAAACUGCGGCCAUGUGCAUGGCUAUCAUAACUGGGGAAACAAAGAAGAACGUGAUGGAAAAGAUCGGGAAUGUCCUAUGUGUAGGUCUGUUGGUCCCUAUGUCCCCCUGUGGCUUGGAUGUGAAGCUGGAUUUUAUGUGGACGCCGGCCCUCCAACCCACGCGUUUAGCCCAUGUGGGCAUGUGUGUUCAGAAAAGACAACUGCCUAUUGGUCCCAGAUCCCACUUCCUCAUGGUACUCAUACCUUUCACGCAGCCUGUCCCUUCUGUGCACAUCAGUUGGCUGGUGAACAAGGCUACAUCAGACUUAUUUUCCAAGGACCUCUAGACUAA